GGCAGCAGUCAAGUUUAGUAACAAAAAGACAACAGCUUAAGCCCUUAUCACUAGCUAAAGAAACAUUAAUGACAAAGAGGUUAAAACAUUUGAAUAAAAGUCAAAAACACUUCAAGGUGAAUAUAUUAUUCAAGCAAAUAUAGAUAUUUUAAAGUAUCUGUGAUUAAGCAACUUUUAUUUCAGGAGAUUAAAAAAGAUUCAAAAACUUGGCAGUAAUUUAUUAAAAGAACAUCUAAAUUAUUUUUCUUGUAUAAAAACAAACAGCUGGUGGUUUAAAAUGUAUUGAUUGCUUUUUGUUAAAUAUAGAAAUACUAUAAAAUUCUUUAAUGUUUGGUAAUUAUCGUUAAUUCACUUGUAUGUAUAAACACCUGUGUGUGUGUGUACGUGCGCGCGCGUGCCUGGUGUGUUUUAUAAUUUAUGGAGCUUGAUGAGGUGAAAGUGAAACCAGCCUCAUCUGAAUUUCUCCUCUUCACUGAUAACAUGGAAGGGAAAAUACCUCAAAAGAAAAGAUUGAACAUAAAAUCCCUUAAAAUAAUUUUAAUAAAUGUUUAAUAUUAAGGUUAACAGUAUUUCUUUUACCUGUUAUAAUUUAAAACAGAAUCAACUAUCAUAAUUUCAAUCAGCCUCGUGUGUGCGCGCACGCGUGUGUGUAACCCGACCAGGCUCCUUGGUUCUGUGGGACUGAGCCGAUCACUCAGUGCAGCUCCGUACCUGCCAGCUGCACCAUGAGGGCUAAAGAAGCUCCUGGUAAAGACUGUGUGAAAGUGGCCGUCAGAGUGAGACCCUUCAUCAAGAGAGAGAGGGAUGCAGGCAGCCAAUGUAUCAUCACCAUGACAUCGACCUCCAUCAUCAUCCAGGACCCGCGUGACUGCCAGAACCGACGGGCGUUCUGUUUCGAUUAUGCCUACUGGUCCCACAACUGCUUUGCAAGAGACCACAGUGGCCUCUAUGUUGCUGAAGAGCUGGGGGGACGAUACGCUGACCAGGUCAGCUUCCCAAAUGUUAGCAGUGGAAAAACUAUAUAGAAGUUUGCUUUAUUUGCUCAUGAGAUGCCAUUUUACCUCCAGAACAGUGUGUUCCAGGACCUAGGAGAAGGGAUACUGGAGAACGCUCUGCAGGUGGUUUCCAAUUCAUUCCAAAAACACUUAAAUAUAAAUUUGUUCACACUGAUUAUGAGACUGAUCUGAACUGCCCAGGGUUACAAUG